AUGGAGACGACGACGACGCACCCUGCCUCGACCAAGGCCGCGGUGAGCACGACGGUCAUGACGGCCGCCGAGUACGGCAAGCUGCCGCCUCUGAACCCUGACGACCUCAAGGCGCCGCCGCCGCCGCCGAGCGCAGCGGCCAAGGUCACGAACUCGGACGACGCUAUGUCGCUCGGCGAGGUCUGGGAAGAGAUCAAGGGCAAGCUCUCGGAGGUCGUUAUGGGCUCGUCGGUCUCGGGCAUCCUCAGCGUCAUCCGCAUCUUCAACCUCGUGCUCGCGGGCCUUAUGAUCACGAUCUGUAUCCUCGAGAUGAUCAACAGCCCCAACUUUUCGAGCGCCGUCAGCAACAUCAUGGCCGUCAUCUACACCAUCAUGUUUGCGCUCAUCUUGGUGGCCUACGAGACGCGUACGCAGUCGUUUGACGAGUUUCUUCGCGCCAACUAUGGCUUUAUGUACAACCCGUGGGGUCGCUGCUUGUUUUUGGCCAUGAUCUCGAUCUUCCCGUUUGGCAUGUUCAGCCCAUACGGCUGGAUGGUCUCGGUCGCGGGCUUUAUCAACGCCUACUUCAACUACUUUGUUAUCACGCAGCACCCUUCGUUCACGCGCGGUGUUCCGGACUACGUCCCGCCCUCGGUCGACACGACGGUCUAG